UAGAACAAAAAGUGAGCCACUUGAGUUAACAAGUUUCUCCCCCACGAAGCUUGGCGACGUGUUUUGAUGGAAACGACGGACUAACGCAACAACAAUCUAUCGUAGAGAUCGGUGGAAAGGGUAAUAUAAGCAAUCAACAGGUUUAUUUGCACAAAGACUUAUUAAGUCGAUCCUGAGUGUCGAGUAGAAUCCAGACGUAAAUACAGACGUUUGCAUUCGUUCUGUUCUUGACAAGUUAUGGCUAGCGCGCCUCGAGAGAGCUUACAUGUGGAGCCUGCAGUGAAAGCUAGAGGAGCAAACCAUGAUUUGCGGCAGAAAAACAACCGCGCCUCGCACAACUGGCAAAAAGUCAGGCUUGCGCUGGAGACGGAAAGGAAAAAUUGGGUGAAAGGAGCUCAAGAUGAUCGCAAUAAACUUUUGAAGCAACGCGACGUGCUGCGGAACACAUCAUUGAAUCUAUCAAGUUCCGAUUCGGUUCAAACAGAGGAAGGAGCCUCCGCGCAACUUAAGCCACGUCCGCUGUCUUUGAAAGAUGUAUACGAUGUGUUGUUAAAGUCUUCUAAACAACAGCCAAACAACAACGGAUCCGAAGUGAAAAGCGUAAAAUCCGAACCAGCGCCAGCUUUAGACAGACGCCAAUCGACUGUAAGCUUUGAACAGAAGCGAGUGGGCAGAAAACCAAUCACUUUCUCUUUGCACGGACUACAGAAAGCAAACAGCAAUCUGCAGAGUAAAAAACAAGCUAUGGAGAAAGCUCAACAGCGGGUUCUCACAGCUGAGGAUUCAAAUCAAAUCAAGCGACCUCAAUCUGGACCACCGCCAAGCCAUUUCGACUUGAACGAGGAGGAACUCAGCUUAGGACCGACGCUAAAACUUCCACCAACCCAUCUACCACCCAUAACGAAGGGCAUCUCUUUUAAACCUCAUGUUCGGAGUUUUAAAAAGGACGAAGAGUUUAAGAAGCGAACAAAAGGCGGCGAACAUUCAUUUGAUGAUAUUCGCUACUGCCGAUAUCUACGAAAGAGAGGGCGUUCAAGGUCUGAUACAACUGAACCAAUGAAACUGCAUCAACAGCGCCGAUCUGCUAGAUCUUUACCCUCAUAAAGACGAAGUAACGACAAGAAAUAAAUUGUAAUGGAAAAAGAACAAGUGGUUUGAUAUUGCGUCGAUCGAAAGUACUUUUGUUACGAAAGGAGGCUGUUCAUUUGCAUUCAGGUCUUGCGCCUUCUCAUUUCACGCUCGACACAAGCCAUUGCAGUUUUCUUUAAUCGACGCCAGGUUUUUGGAAGUUCACAACACGAAAUAACGAGAAAGAAACAAAAGAGAUAAUGCGCCUUCUGGCAAAAUAAACAACGAUGAGGAAGAUCAGGACAAAGGAAACAGGAAAACGAUGUUAUGAAUUUUUAUUAUGUGGGUUAUAAAUAAUAACUUUGCUUUAUUGAAAAAAAAGAGAGCAACUUGUUCAAAAAAUUGAACUCGUAACAACUCAAUGUAAAUUUAAAAACAAAAAGUGAAUCUAAAUGAAACGAGGUAGAAAUAAAAUCUGAGGAAGUUGUAAAUGAUUGCUAUUCAAGAAUCAAGAUAAUAACACGAGGAUAAUGGAAUAAUAACAUCAACUCUAGACAUAGAUGUUUCUGGAUACUUCGUGCGAUAAUUUCAAUACAUUUUAGAAUCGACUGUCGAGAAAAUUCUACCAACGUGCAAGAAAUGACUGGAAUGUGUUUUUCAAUUCAGAAUUAAAUAACUCAUCCAA